AUGCACGCGAAGAAACCCACUGACGACUUACGCCUCUGGAUUCGGCUCAACAAGUACCACAUUAUCGCCGUGGGCAGCGAAGAGUGCGUGAACUCCAUCGCAAAGAGCGUCGUUUUCACGUCGAAAAAGUCGUGGGAGGACCAGUUAAGAAGCACUUUGGGCGAUGACUAUAUCCUCGUGGCAUCGCACGCGCUUACUGCCAUUCACAACAUCGUCUUCGUGCACUCCAGCCUCUUGCCACUGCUCGGCAACAUUCAAUCGGACGCCGUAGCCACUGGUCUCGGGAACCAGUUGGGCAACAAGGGAGGCGUGGGCAUCAGCUUCACAGUGGGGGUGACCAGCUUCGCCUUCAUCAACAGCCAUUUCGAAGCGCACCAACGCAACGUGGCCAAGCGGAACGGCAACUUCCACCGGAUCAACCACGAGCUCAAGCUCUCACCAACUGGAGCGCUGGCUUCCCCUACGAGCUCGACAGCGGUGGCUCCUACACCGGGCAAACCAGGCUUGAACGGGCUCGGUCGAACCUCUGCCAACCGGUUCUCAAUACCAACCGUUGGUGCAGGACCCGGGGGUAAGCGCACCGUCAGCGAGCGCUUCGACCGCGUGUUCUGGUACGGAGACCUCAACUACCGCAUCAACGGCACGAGACGCAUGGUAGACACGUUGCUGCUGCGCAACCAGCACGAAGUUCUGCUGGCUAACGACCAGCUGCAGCGCGAGAUGAAGGCGGGCAACGUGUUCGCGCACUUCCGCGAGGGCCAGCUGCACUUCCGCCCCACGUACAAGUUCGACAAGCGUAGCGACACGUACGACUCGUCCGCCAAGCAGCGCAUCCCGUCCUGGACCGACCGCGUGCUGUUCCUGUCCAACGACAAGCUGCACGACGUGGAGCUGCUGAGCUACCGCAGCCAGACGGACUUCCGCACGUCCGACCACCGCCCCGUGUGCGCCGUCUUCCAGGCCAACUUCCGGCCAACGGAGACUGAGUCCGCAAUGUCCCCGCGGCCAAGCAGCAGCGCCCAUGACCAGGAGAACCACGCCACCAGCCAGGCAUGCUCAAUACAGUGA